CUCUUUCUAUUGUUUCCUUGCUGUCCUCUAUCUUCCCUCCUUCAUUAUCUGCAGACAACUUCCUCGAUAUCAUAUCGCAUUAGUCUCCACAAUGCCAGCACCCCUGAAACCUUCACAGACCAAUAUCAAACAGGAUGCGGCAAAUCCUGAUGUCAAGGGCCAAUCCUUGAAGAAGCAGGCUGCCCAAGCUGCUAGCCAAGCUGCGAAAGCGAAGAAGGAGCCAUCGCAGCCGCAGCCGGAUAUCAAGCCUGAUGACAAGGCGCCGCUCAAGCCGCCCUUGAAGAAGCUCCCUCGCCGCUCUAGCAAGCCCAUAAUCGACUGGUUCCAUCGCAAGUUGACCGGUUCCGUUCGCGCCAGGCGGGUCUCAGAGACAGACACCAUGCGCAACCCCAGGCACGGCGCUCGCUCGCCUAGCAUCAAGGAGAAACCCCAUAGGGUCUCUACAACAUUGACGACUCGGGCCAGGAGCAAGACAGAGACGAAGCAAGGCCAGAAAAUCGCCACCGUUACAUCUAUCCCUCCGCGAAAGCCCGUGUCGCUCGAUGGUAUCAGCGGUGGUGACAAUCACACUGAAUAUACUGCCGACUCAGACGAUGGUCGUCGCUCGUCGUUCGCCCGCUCCUCGUUAUGGUCACCGACCAGUCACUAUGAAGCAGAUGAGGAUGCGUCUGUUCGACCGCUUCCACCCAGCUCGCCGCCGUCUCCAUCUCCUUCGCGAUCGUCUUCAUCUUACCUCUCAGAUCCCCGCACUUUCCGAAGCAUGACGGCUAGCACUAAGCCGACAACCGUCCUCAGCAUGGACAUGACUGGCGGCAUGGCGCACAUUGCUCAGGCACCACCUACCCCAACUAUUCCAGCCCGUCGCCUGCAUCCACACAUUCGCACCCACUCUAUAGGGCCCGGAUCGGGCGCAUCCAUCACUUUCUCAACAGUUCAGCCGCCCUCGCCAACCGCUGCUUCGCGCCCAUCGUCGUCGGGUGCACUAGCCAAUCCCCCACGUACCGGGCAACCCGGCCUCACUUACCAGGCUCCUCAGCACACGAGUCAUCAUCCGCGAAACAAUCCUCGACCUUCGUCACCGCCGCAGGACGACGCGUCAGUGCUCACGCUGGCCUCGUCAGCAUUUGGUAUUGCCGGUGCGCGGAUUGGCGUUGCCGCACUCUCCCUCUCUGGACGUGCAUCACUCGCAGAUGACUCCAUCUCGCACUUCAGCCAUUUGGCCGGGCAUGGUGACUCCACGAGCCACUUCUUGCUCGGCGAGAUGGAUGAUGAUCGGCUCGAAAGAGAUUUGGAGCGAGACGACCAGGAUGUAGAUGCGAGCGUACGUGCGCUGCGCCCCCGUAGCUCUCGACGAUGCAGCUGGGAGAGCUCAGACAGCAAGUGGAGCGCGAGUGCGAGUCUUGCACUGACGGGGAUGACCUCGCAGUCGCCCGUGAGCCAUGGCGGCCCUAGGAGCCUCUGGACAUCAGGAAGCUACAGGACUGGAGGCGUGAGCGUGGAACAUGGGGAAUUGGGGGUCGAUCAUAGCGAUGAGACGGAUGGGAACGGCGACAAUACGGAAGACGGCGACGAAACGAGUCUAGACGAACGCGAAGGCCCGUACUCUGACCAGAUGCACGGGUCCCCGUCCUCCGCUCCGACUCACUCUACCAAUGAAUCCGUCGUCGACGAACAAACUUCGUCAAGCAGCGAUGAUGCCCGGACCCCGCCUGCGACACCGUUCGACCACGACGGUAUCAGUUUGGAGGUGCCCACUUUGGAACCGCAGCACAGUGGCUCGAUUACAUCGAGCAAGAGCACUACGGCGACUCCCAAGGGCGGUCCGAUUCCUCUCCACGAACAUGAUGCUAUGCCCGCUAUUCCUCCGACUCCAAAGAGGCGGAGUACGAGCGAUAGUGCCUCGGACAUGCACAGCCUUGCUACCAGCGACUAUCAUACGGAUGCCUUCCACACGCCGGCGACGACCCCCGUGCCUCAGUAAUUCUCUACUUCCGCUCUUUUCUCCCACUCCCUAGCCACCCUCGUCGUCUGAACUAUCUUGAUUACGUUGUACUACUAAUCUCAAUCCGAGAUCUGUGUUGGUAUAUCCGGAUACGACACGUUCCUCGAUCAUGUCCCUCUUUACUUAUUCUUUGCUGUCUCUGGGUACUCUGUGUACUAAUCAGUGUUAUCUAGCGUGUAAUUUCAUGCCUUACGUUACAUUUC